AUGAGUUCUGUGGGUGUGAGCGAUGCACUUGAGGGAAGCCGCCAGAGCAAGGGGCGUACGGGAAGCAUAUUUUCAGGCGAGAAGAUGUCAACAACCACAUUUGGAACGAGGAGUGCAACCUCUCUCUCGAUGGAUGCGAAGGCUUCCACUGCGCGGAUGUCAUCGACGGCAGAGCGUGUGGUGGCGUCAAACAUUUCUCCCUGUCCAAAUGUGGAACGGCUGCGAAACACCGCGGUAGAGGACCGUGUGCUUUGGCAUGUGCGCCGACGGGAGAGCCUGCAGCAGACGAAGGAACGAGAGCAGCGGAAGAUUAUGAUGGAGCGUCGUAUCUCCAUGACCGACUACUAUAAAACUUUAUUUCGACUUCCUCCACCGAAUUCGCGCUUUAAUGAACAACAGGGGAAAGCGGUUGCUCUACCAGUGCUACAGGGACCAAUGACGAAGGCGAAGGAAAAAAUGAUACUGGAAUCCCUGCCCAAGUUCGCCCAUAGACGGGUCGUGCAGGACAUUAACGAUUACUUCAUAGCAGCCUACUACAAGCAAAAUCCGGAGGCGCUAGUGCGAAAGCUGGAGGAAGAAGAGCGGCAGUCAAGAGUUGCGGCAGCCACUGCAGCAGCAGCAGCGCGGAAUUCCCCAACGAGAACCGGGGCACGAUCGCAGUCGCUGGGAACCCCAAGUAGGAAGAACCGCGGUGGCAAGAAAAAGAAAAAGAAGCAAGAGGUGGUGGAAGAAGGAAAACCCGCACCGAACCUCCGGCUUCUGCAGUCAGCACUACUGACCGUGGCGGAUUCCAGUGGGAUUGUAACACUCGAUGCAUUUCUCGAUAUGCUCAGGCAAGCACCGUUCGAAGUAAGGGAUGAUGAGGCUGCCGAGAAUUUUUUCUCAGUUGCCCACCCAUCAUCUUCCAUGAGUGAGUCUGGAGUCAACGCAGUGGGUCGUCUUGAAACGUCACAUAACACUGCUGCUGCUAGUAGUGGAGUGCGAAGUCUCUCCCCCCUAAAGGCAGCUCAGCUCCACCACGCGUCAUUACACCGCACAAUAGAGGGCAGUGGAGCAGGGCAAACCUCUUCAUCGAACAUGUCAGUUGCCAAAAUGAGUCCGGUGCUUGCCGGUAAUCGCGGUAACCAGACAUUUCCUAUUCCGGGUGUUAACAUCCCCGCACCGGUGGUGAAUGAGACGAGUCAGCGAGAGAAAUCUCCAGAAGCCCAUGUCCGUGAACUGCUUGCUGGUUUUGAUGCCUUAGUCAAUGGUGCGGAGUUGAAGGAUGUGAUUCGGAAACUUUGUUUUAGUGUUUUGGAGACCGACGAUUACAUCCACAAGUCUGCCCUGACUCAGUUACGGCGGGACGGCCGGGAGUCCUGUGAGGAGCCGGAAAGCGUAUUGUCGCCGAGUAUCGUGAAGGCACUAAGGGAUUCCUUGGAUGUGUUACAUCAAGAGGAAGAGCAGGCGUACAUCCGCUCGCAAUUAAAGGGGAGGAAGAAUAGGAAGAGUGUUAAAGCAGCAUCCUUGUUACCCCACCAGAAAACAGUCAUACCGUUGAACAUGAUGCGCCGCUCACACAUAAGUUAUGAAGAGUUCUGCCGAUUUUUUGACACAAUGCCGUUUUUGGUGGCAGCCUUUGCGCACAUGUGGCUCCCGGCAUUCUUUGCACCAACAUGGCCACGACGGAAGCGUGCCGCGUCGUAUGGCUUGUAUAGCGAUGACCAAGACAUGGAUGACGAUUACACUGCGCCAACUUGCCAGGAGGGUAAUGAAGAUGGGACAACGGAAGAGCAUCGGGGAGUGAGGGACGAAGUGGACUGGGAGAAGGUUGCAACACCACCGCUGCGGGACGUCCUUUUGAGUGCCCUUAAGCGGCGGCAUAUGGCAUCGAACAUUGUGGCAAACCGACUUGCCUUUAUGAACACUACUGUGGAAAGUCCCUCUCGUGCAUCAGAAGCCUCUCCUGUCCCGUCAUAG